AUGCCAGCCACAGACAGGCUCCACAGCUCAUCGGCAUCGUCAGACCGACGCAAGCCUAAACGAAGCCAGGUCAGCCGGGCCUGCGAUCGCUGUCGUGUGCACCGCAUCAAGUGUGACGAUGAACAGCCUUGCCGCAACUGCAGAAGCCGGGGUGCCAGUGACCAGUGCCGCACGAGCAAUGCCGACGACAUCCGUUCCCUGCCUCAUGCCUAUAGGGAAAUUGAGCGUCUGAAGCGUCGCAUCCAGGAGCUGGAAAGGGAUGUUGAGCUGCGAGAGAGCACGGCUGAGACCGCCGUGUCAACAGCACGAGUGGAACACUCGGUCGAGUCUGCAGCCGUGUCAGCCCCAGUGAUACAAACCGAUCACGAUGAUAUGUCAGGGCAAGGUUCCGGUAACAGACACCCUCCCCUUGCCGGAUUCUUCACCACCAACGGCCAAAUGCCCGAAAAACAAUGGUUCGGACCAUCAUCCCUCUUCUAUUUCGUCGGCCGCAUCACCUCCCACCUGGCCGCCUUCCUCGACCACCCGCCCGCCGAACACACCAUCAACUUUGGCGCAGCCAACAAGGUAUUCGCAAACGACUCCGAGUCCAGCCUCGAUGCCGCAGCUCGUCCCACACAUGCAGGCCAGCCCCUGACUGGAUUAUGUGGGCAACAACCCGCCCCUGAUGUUGAAAGCUGCCAUGCUGCUCCAAGCCACUCCCUGACCGCCAUGGAAGAGGAAUACUUCCUCAACCUCUUCUGGCAGUCCUACCACUGCACCUUCCAGAUCAUCGACGAGGCCAAGUUCAGAGCGCACUACAAAUCCCUCUGGACCGGCCCGGGCCCCGCCGGCACGGGCACACGGAAGCACUCUGCGCUGGUCGAUAUCAUCCUUGCCCUGUGCAUGCUGUCAGAGUACCCCCCACCACCUCCAAACCACACCACCACCACCACCACCACCACCAACAACCCCUCCCCCCCUGAUCCCGGCCCAAGCAGCAACCCAGAAACAUCCCCCACCAAUACCAGUACCAAUACCAUGAUCGCCGUAGCCGUAGCCGGCCGCUUUCACUACCAGCGCUGCCAAACCCUUCUCCUCGCGCAACUCGAAACCCCGUCCCUGACCACCGUCCAAUGCCACAUCUUCUCCGCCAUCUACCUGUGCUGCGGGUCGUUUCAGAACAUGGCGCACAGCACGCUCGCCCUCGCAAUCCGCACGGCACACAUUUUGGGUCUACACCUCGAACCCUCCCCCACAGACGACCUGCCCCGCGCCGAACGGGAGCUGCGGAAAAGGAUCUGGUGGACGCUGUAUGCGCUUGAGAGUAGGACGUGUCUGAAGUUGGGCAGGCCGUGGGCGGGUACUUUGGAAGAGUGCAGUUGUCCACUGCCGGAUGAUGAUUACCAGCUAGCGAUGGACGCGUCUGGGUCGGCGGUUGUGGUUGGAGGGGGGGUGACGUGGUUGAGUUAUACCGUGUGGAAUACGCGGUUGGUGCUGGGGGUGAGGGAGGUUUAUGGGGGUUUUUAUAGGGAGUGCGGGCGGGGUGGUGAUGGUGGAGGUAAUAUCCAUGACGACCCGGUAGUCCGGGAGCGGUGUGCGGUGUACCUGCGAUCCCGCAUGGCGGAGACGCUCGACGUCUGGGCGGGUAACGUCCCCGAGGGAUUGCGAAACAAGCGGCAGCGAGACAACGACCACCCAUUCUCCACCGAUUCAUGCCUGCACCCGGAAGGGAUCACCCUGACCGUCGAACCAUUCGCCCCCCGCUGGCUGCAGCUGCAGCGCCUGGUCCUGGAGCUGCUCUACCACAACCUCUGUGUCAUCCUCUACCGGCCGCUCAUCUCCUUUUCCACUCCCACUCCCACCUCUACCCCCCCGCAAAGUCAAACCAAUCCCAACCCCCAUCAUGCCCCGGUGACACCCAUACCCACACCCACACCCAGGGCGAGGGAAUGUGCCCUCCUCUGCGCCCGGCACGCCAUCACCCUGACACAAAUCACCCACCAGAUCCUCCUCCCGCGCAACAACAGCAACAACAACAGCAACAACAACAGCAACAAUAACAAGAUGGAUGACCUCCUCGAGCGCUGGAACGAGGCCUUCCAGUGGCAAUGGAACUGUGCCAUCACACUCAUCGGCUUCGUCCUUGCCUACCCACAUGCACCACGGUCUUCAGGUUCAAGUUUUGAGCCGUCUGUGGCGGCAGCCGCACGGACUGCCAUUGGGCAGGCUGUUGAGUCGUUUGAGGUGUUUGGGAGGCAUUUUGCGGUGGCUACAAGGGCGGCGAGGGUUGUGAGGGAUUUGAUGGGGAAGGUGGAGGCGGUGGUUGAUCAUCUUCUUCAUGGUGAUGGUAGUGGUGGUGGUGUUGGUAGGAAGUAUGAAGAUGGGCUUGUUCAAGUUGCGGGUGCGAAUGCGAAUCAAGGUGGCAUGCAUGUCAUUGUCGAUGGUGCUGGGGGAGAAGGAGGGCUGGUAUGGCAGGCCGGAGCGUCUGAUGCAGUCCCGGUCUUGUUCGGCUCAGGCUCCAUGUCCGGCUUUGAGGGUGCGGGACUGCAGGAUUUGUUGAAUGGGACUAUGGAUGCCGCGUUCUCGGUCGAUUCGUUUAAUUCCUUCGAGUGGCUUCGCGGAGGUAGUCCGGGGUUUGGUGAUUCUUGGACGUAUACUCCUCGGUACUAG